CGCAUGGAAUCCUCUUGAUGAAACUUCACAUCUACAAUCGUUGCUAAAAAUGUCUAUCUCAUUAGUUCAUCAAGCUGCCUCGCUGUAUUCAUCUGAUGCCAACGUAUAGACGUCUUAUUAUCUUAGCAGCAAGAGGUCAAUAAGUGGUUUAAAUCAGUGAUAACCUUGAGACUUGCGUGAUAGUCUUUGACAUAAAACCUGAAUCACCUAGAGUUAAUUUGACAUAAAAUAACGGAGCGAUUUCCUAGUAUGGAAUGCAAAGCUGCGUGUCAAGCUUGCAGUAAGUGUAUCAGUCUAAGGAAUGAUCUCGAUUUAAGGAAUUUGGACAUGAAGCAUAAACAUUACAAAAAUGAAAUGCUUAGUAUUAAUAAGGAACAUGGCAGAAGUUAUCUGAGUGUAACUGGAUACGGUAACGUGAAGACAUGUGAAUUAACUAACAAAACGAAUCAAUAUCCACCAAAAUGUGCAUUAUGCAAAUUAAUAUUGCCACAAAUCCGGAACCUUGUGAGAGAUAUAAGUAUAAUUAAUAUACAAGAUAUUCCUGGCAUUUGCAAUCAUUGUAAAAAUAUAAAUUCCACGCUUCAAUGUGAAAGAUGCGACUAUAUUUUAAGAAGUUACAUGCAAGAAAAAGAAUGUUAUGUUGAUCAUUGUAAUAAAGAAUGCCAUGAAGUUAUAGCUCGAAUUAAGACUUUGUUAUCUGAGUUCGAAAAACACGAAGAACUCAUGAAAUUCAAAUCCUUAUCCUUGGAUAAACUUUUAAAAUUCUUGAAGCCUUUAAAAAAACCAGUAAAUGUCCAGCAAAAAGAAACGCAAGCAACAGACGGCGGUAUACAAGCGGGGGCUCAAGGUUUUAAAAGUAGCUGUGUUUGUGAAGAUUUGUUAAAGAAGUUACAAGAGAAAUUGGCGACAUCUGAUUAUAAAAAUUAUGGCAAAUCUUUUAUAGAUGGCAAAACACCGUCGCAUGAAAUAUCUCAUGAACCAUUUGAGAAAACAAAUAACAUUGAAAACAAACAAAAUUAUCGAAAAUCGUUUGUUGGCAAAAGCAAAAUACCAUCACGUGACAUAUCUCUUGACCAAGUAGAGAGAACAAAAAACAUUGAAAAGAAACAUAAGUAUAGAAGUUCGUUUAUUGAUAGAAAAGUACCAUCACAACCCAUAACUCAUGAAUGGUUAGAUAAAACUAAAAAACAUGAAAGAAAACAGAAAAAGGAAGAAGUAACUAAAAUGAAAGACAAUAAAGAAGCUGGUGAUUUGAACAAAAGAGAUAAACAUGAGUUUAAAAACAAAGUAAAAAAAUCCGAAAAAAAACUAAAAGAGGGUGUAAUAAACAAAUUGAAAGAUAAUAAAGAAGGCUUUGGUUUGACUCAUAAAGACAAACGCAAACCUGAGUUUAAGAAAACACUCGCAAAGAAUGAAAUAGAGCAAUCUAAGCGAGAUAAGAAAACAAGAAAUAAAAAGCAAUCGGAUAACCUAAAGGAAAAUAAAUAUGAAAUUGAUGCAAAAAAAAUAAAAGUACAGAAUAAGUCCCUUGAUCAAUUAGAGAAAAUGAUAAAUCAACAAAAGAAGCGUAAGCGGGAUCAACAAUAUAAUAUAAAAAAAUUUAAAAUACCGGAAAUUGGUGAUUUGCCGCCACUGCCAGUCAAAAAAUUUAAAGAGCUUACGUCUGAGGACUCUGGAAGUAUUAUAGAAUGUGAACAUUCUGAUAAAGAUUUUACAGAAAUGAUAGAAGGAAAUAUUAUUGUACGUUACAAACGUGGUCAGAGUCGUGUUGAACCCAAAACUAAAAAGCCUUUGUUUUUCAAUGUUACUCACGACUUUGGUGACGAAAGUUUGUCUGAUAUGAAAUUAAGAUCACCGGUACAUUCAAAAACCAAAUCCUUAUAUAAAAAGGAUGAACUGUUUGGUAAGUACCGACUUUCCAACAGAAAGUUCAUCGAAAAUGGUUGGACCGUUCUGCCUACUUUGACGUUUGUUCGUAGGGUAAACAUCUAUAAAAUGAUUCCUUCGAGCCCUAAAUUAGAUUGGCUACGGAGUCAUAAGAACGAAGAUCUAAUAUUUUAUGAGACCGGCGAGGUACUGGCAGAAGUAUAUGAUAACGGUUCAUUCAAGUGGUUUUACAGGGAUGGAAACGUAGCUUUGGAUUUUGUAGACGUUUUUGACAAUGAAACGAAUGCAACAAAAGAGUUUGUUGUUUAUGAUGAAGUUACAAAAAACAAAAGAAGAUGUGAAGAUAAGAUACAAACAUUGGCUAGUUUUGACGAUACAGGACAUGGAGUUGUUUAUGAUCGUUUUGGAUGCACAAGGAUUAAAUAUAAUCAAGACGAAGGUGUACUUUUUGAUAGUCACAUUGCGUCACCAUGUCAUUGGAAAUGGAAUGCCCUUAACGAACCCCCGAAAAUUCAGGUUGAGCAUAUAUUUGAAUUUCUGGAACCCUUAGACCCCUACAUCGAGAAUUUAGAAGACGAGGCUGAAAUUAGCCUAAAAGACGCGGAAAAACGCUCGCUGCCAUGUUCACAAAUAAAAAUCUCUAACGAAUAUGAGGAUGAGAGAAGAGAAAUAGAAUUAAAUAACGUCAUCAGAGAAAAGUCAAUGAAAAUAUUGAUGAACUAUAAGCCAUUUGAAAUAAGGUCAAAGAUUUUUAAAUUAAAUGACCACUUUUCUUUAAGACUGCUUGGUCAAUCUAAAAUAUAUAUUUUGUUUAGAGACGGUAAAAUAUGUCUUAAGCUCAAUGUGGGAAUGACACUUAUUAGCAACGAAGUAUUAGAUAUAAGAGCCGUGGAUAACGACACAAUAAAUACGCAAGAAAAAAAACUGAAAAAUAAUAAAGACACUGAUUUUAAGGGACCUAAUAGUUCUCUAUCUUAGGCAAUAUAUUUAUAUAAGGCACAACAUCGUUUCUAUUUCGAUUUUUUUUAAUUAGUAAGUCUGUUUAACUUCUAAGAAAAGUUUUAAGUUACCACUUGUUUUUUUUUCAUCUUGUGUUUUCGUUAUAUACUCAGUCUUUUUAACUGCGCGCGCUAUAUCAAAUAAAUUAUGUUUUACAAUAUGAAAAUGUAUAAUUUUUGCUUGUGUCAUUGAGGUAAAAUUUUCUACUUUAUGCCGUAAUAGAAUCUAGUCGAUGUUUUUACGAAUCGGGUGAAAGGUUGGGAAUUUCUUGACUGUACUAUUAUGUACACAAUUUGAGUUAAUUGGAGUUACUUACACGUCUUGGUUUAUAAGAUUUCUUGACUAGUGUUAUCAUUUUUCCAUUGCGAUUACCGUAUUAGCUGUAUA